UAUACCAAAUAAGAAAGUCCGAGAAAAUAGCUUUAUAUCCUGCACAACAAAAAGAAAUUGCCUGCUUUUCGGAUAUGGCAAUCUUUCGAACGAAAGUGCUUCUGUUACUUAUCCUCUUCUGUCUCACCACAUAUGAGCUUCACCUUCACGCUGCUGAAGGCGCGGAGGUUGGUGAAGGCAUAAUUAAAAUCGAUUGUGGUGGGAGAUGCAAAACUAGAUGCAGCAAAUCGUCGAGAACGAAUCUGUGCUUGAGAGCGUGCAACAGUUGUUGUUCACGCUGCAACUGUGUGCCACCUGGGACACACGGAAACCACCACCUUUGCCCUUGCUAUGCCUCCAUAACCACUCGUGGUGGCCGCCUCAAGUGCCCUUAAUCUACUUAAUUAUAAACAUAUGUACCCAUGUAUGUAUAUUUGAGAGAGCUGGUACUCUUAUGUUUUGAGAGGACAAUAAAAUGUGGGCCGUCUAUUAACUUGGACGAUCUAAUUUUAGGUUA